AUGAUGCGUGUCUUCUUGUACAGAUCCUCAUCUGAAGCCCAGGCGGAGGAGAAAUGGUCAGAGGCCGCAGACGCGGCAGGCGAAUCGGCGGCCAAGGCUGGCCAGUCCGCCGCUAAGGGCGGAGACGCGGCUAAGAAGCAAGCAGAAGCCGGAGCAAGCGCCGCAUCUGACGCUGCUAAAGGCGGAGCUAACGCUGCAUCUGGCGCCGUUUCAAGCGCGUGGGAGAAGCUCAAGGAGGCAGCCACAGGGGCCGCUUCCGCUGGCCGCGCGGGGGCGGAGCAGGUGGGGGAGGCCGGCGCGGAAGCACAGCGACGCGCGGGGGAGACUGGCGCGCAGCUUGGAGAGCGUUUGGGAGAGACGGGCGCGCAAGCACAGCAGCGCGCGGAGGAAUACGCGGACGCCAUGGCGGAGGGCGCGGGGGAGACGCUCGAGGGGACGAAGGCGGGCGGGCAGCGGGCGGCGGAAGAGGCGGGGAAGGCGGGCUGGGGCGUGUACGACCGCAUGCGCUCAGUGGCGGACCGGCUUCAGCACGCUGCGGGGCAGGGCAUGGGCGUGGGAUGGGACAUCGUGGGGCAAACGCGCGACACUGCCGCUUCCGCCGGCGCAGAGGCGGGUGAGCGCGCAAAGGCCGGCGCGACAUCCGCGGAGGAAACUGCUGAAGGCCUCACGCGACGGGCGGGGGAACGCGCCGCUGACGUGGCGUCGACGGUGGAGGCGGGACGCGAGGCUGCGGAAGAGGGCGCAGGACGCGCGGCCGGUGCGGCCGGUUCGGCGGUCGGCGGGGUGGUUGGCGGCGUGCGCGAUACCGCGUCGCGGAUCGGCGAGGCGGCAAACCAAGCGGCAAAAGGAACUGCUGCUACCGUGGGCCAAGCGGGGGAGUUUGCUGCGGGGACCGUGAAGCAGGCGGGCGAAGGCGCAUAUAGCGCGGGGAAAGGCGCAUACGACACCGCGGCUCGCGCAGCGGCCCGCGUAGGAGAAGGCGUUUCUGGCGCGGGAUCCAAGGCGUAUGAUACCGUGUCUGGCGCCGCGUCUGGCGCUGCGGCGGCAAUUCCGGGCCCCGCGGAUUUCCAGCGCGCGGGAAAGUAUCUCAUGGACUGGUCGCAGGGGCUGGUGGCGCAGCGGAAGUCGGAGGCGGAAGAGGCUGCGCGGAAGGCGCAGGAAGCGGCGGAGAAAGGCUCAGGGAAGAGCGCGGAUUGGCUGAAGCAGCUGGCGGAAGCCGCCUGCUCGCGUUACGAGGCGGCGAAAGAGGCGCUGAGCUUCGCGACGGGGGAGGUGGGGGAGCUGCGGAGGCCUGGCGGAGCAGAAGAGGGGGAAGAUGUGCUGCGCGACAUGUACAACCGCGCGGAAGCUUCCAUGCAUGAGCUGUGGAAAGCGGCGAACGACGCGACCGAAACCGCGAAAACGAAGAGCGGUGAUCAGGCCGAAGCUUUGAAGGAGGAAGCGUGGAGGAGGUACGAAGAGGCGAAGAAAGGGUUCGAGCAGAUUCAGACGCAGUUUGGGGACUUGUUUGAGAAAAUGGGGAUGAAGGGAGUGAAGGGAGAAGGGAAGAAGGAGAGGAUCAGGGAGCGCGUGGCGCAUCCUUCGCCUGGCGACGCGCUUCGUGUGGAGCUGUGA